CUAUAAUGGUUCCCUAAAGAACUGAUUAAAUGUGGCUACUUCUAAGCUUUCCACUAUUUCUGUCUACUGUACAGAAAUGUUGAAAGAAGAUGGGUAGAACAUUUCAUGUGGGAGCAGAUCUUUGCCAUUUUUUAGGGGGAGCACGCCUCGUCCAUCCCAGGCCUCUCUGCUCCAACAAUUCCAUUGUCUCAAAAGGAAACAACAAUGAAAACAGUAACAAGGAUGAUGCAAUUAGGGAUGACGAUGUGUAUCGUCAAUUAGAGAAACUGGAUUUCAUGACUGCUGCUAAGAUUCUUUUCACCACACCCCCUAAGAAGAAGAAAUUUGGGCUUGAUUUUCAUCUAGUGCAGCUCUUCUUUGCCUGCAUGCCUUCAUUGGCUGUAUUUUUGGUGGCUCAGUAUGCUCGCUAUGAGAUCAGAAGGAUGGAGGCGGAGGUGGAACUCAAAAAGAAGCAGGAGGAAGAAAAAGCAAAAGAGAUGGAGUUGAAUGUCACAGAAGAAAAUGAAGAAGUUGACUCUGAUCCAGAGCUGUUGAAGGUGAAAGUCAGACUGGAUGCAUUAGAAGAGACAUUAAAGGAGAUUAUUGUUGAAACAAAGAAACUGUCAAGUGGAAAUGAUAAACGAGAAGGCUCUACGAGUGAGCAUCAUGCAGCUGUUAGCUCAAGUCCCCAAAAUAAAUCAGAAGACAGCACUUGUGCAACUCAAAGCAACAGUAUUAAAUCCAAACCAGAUUCAAGCCAAUAGAGGGUGAAUGUGUCAGAUCCAGCUCUUGAAACCUCACAAAAGGACCAGAAAGGAAAAUAAAAGAUCUGGUAAUGGAGGGGCUUCCCAGAAGCUGAAAAAAAAAUGGUCUUGAACAUGCUUG